CUACUUCUGUUAAUUUUAAUAGUUUCUAAUCAAGUGCUAACUCUUUGGAUAACUAUGUAUUUGACAAAAUUGCUUGAUAAUAUUGCAUAUAGUAUAACUACUAUAUACAUAGUAUAUACAAUGAUUGUGCAGUUCUGUUUGAUGAUAUGCUGUGACAAAGCCAAAAGAUCAUCCGAGAAACUACUGAUUACAUGUCUAAACCUUCAAGAAAAGUACCCAUCGUCUUCGGACGAGUAUCACGAACUAAGCGUAUUCGCGGAUAAACUAAGUCACAGGAAGAUCCAGUUCACAGCUGCAAACUUUUUCGAAAUCCAAAGAAGCACUUUGUUUGGUGUUAUUGGCAACACAACCACAUACUUUAUAGCUUUAGUUCAGUUUGGUAAUUCCGAUCGUGUGGAAAAGAACCAAACUGAACUAACUACAGAAUAUUUAGAUUAUUAAUUAUCAUAGACGUUAGCUAUAAGUAUUAUUGAUUAGUUAAAUGUUUAGACACACAUUUGACAUGUAAAUCCACUUUUACAAUUAGGUAUUUUGAAACUUUCGCUUAUGUACGACGUAAAUAUAAUAAACAUUAUAAAAUAACAUUAUUUCUUCUCUCGAUUAGGGUUCUCAAUUGUUAUAAAUAGAACAUUUUAUUAUCAAGUUAAAUA